AUGGAUGGACCUAUUAAAGUAUAUUACUUCAUUUCAAGGUUUUUGGAUAGUGAUAUACCGACAAUAUCAUCAAAUUUUAAAGAAUUUCUAGUAAAAGAUGGUAUGAUUGAAAUGUUAAUUAUGUUUAUAACUCAAAAUUUUCCAGAAACUAUAAGGGAUGAAAUUAAAGAUCACCAAUUAAAACAACAACAAGAAAAUAAAUUACUUGAACAACAACAACAGCAACAAAAACCAAAAUCAUUAUCAUCAUCAUUAGAUAAUGAGUUAUCAUCAUCACCAACCACCACAACUACCACCACAACAACAACACCAUCAAUUGAAGUCAUUUCAAAUAGAAAUAAUAAAUUAGAAACAACAAUUGGAUUAAUGAAAUCAUAUAAAGUUAUGAAUUUAUUUUUACAUCCAUCACCACCCUUCAUUUCAUUAGUUAAAGAGAAAUUAUCAGUAAUUAUUUCGUCAUUAUUUGAAAUAUUUGAAAAUGAAAAUAUAAAUUUAGAUGGUAGUAAUAGGUCAUUACCAAAUAUACAUCAUUUUUCAAAAGUGAUGUCAUCAUUAUUCUAUCAAUAUACAUUUGACUUUUUAAAUGAACUCUCAGAGAUUGAUAAAAAGACACAAAAGAUGUACUUUCAAAUAUUGGUAGAGAAUAUUCAUCAUACUACCAUUCAAGAUCUAUUCAUUAUUAUAGCAAAGAGAGCAAGUGCAAGUGUAAAUGAAUAUCAAACUUCAAAUCCAAUUGAAACUAAAAAAAUUCAAAAAACAUUACAAAAAUCAAAAGUUUUCAAUAUAAUUUCUUCUUUCUUUACUUUACAACAACAUCCAAAUGGUGGUGCUGUUAAUAUAAUUAAUUCUAAUAAUGGUUUUGCAAAUGGAAAUAUUACAAAUAGUAAUAAUAAUUUAAAUGGUGCAAAUAAUAAUAAUUCAAAUAAUAAUAAUAGUAAUUCAAAUAAUAAUAAUAAUAAUUCAAAUAAUAAUAAUAAUAAUAAUAAUAAUAAUAAUAGUAAUAGUAAUAAUAGUAAUAAUAAUAACAAUUUAAAUAAUAGUAAUGGUAGUUUAAAUAAUAGUAGUAAUAAUAUACAAAUUAAACAAAUUAAAAAAGAGAAAUAUUUAUUAAUGAUGGAAGGUAUAACAGAAUUUAUAAAUAAAUGUAUUGAGCAAUUGGAUAUACAUGGACCAGAUGUUGGAUUUACAAUUUCAAGUUUUCAAAAUAAAGAGUUUUUCGAUACACUGAUUAGAUUAAUGGUAAAUGAUUCACCAAAGAGAAAAGAUUCAUUCAUUCAUAGGAAACAAUGUCUUUCUAUCAUUUCAACAUUUUGUAAACAAUCAAAUGAAUACACUAAAAAGAAUCGUUUCCAACAAGAAAAGGAAUCAAUCUUCUCACCAUCCGGUUCACCUUCAUCUUGGUUAUUAUAUUUAUCAACUAAUCAUUUACAAAAUCUUUGUAAAAUUUUAGUUGAUAUAGGUAAUGAUCCAAAUCAAAAACAACAUUUAGGUUCCUACAGAAUUGAUAUGCUAACCCUAUUAGUUGAUGUCAUUAAAGCAAAAUCAACUUUUAAACGUAAACAACCAAAUCAACCUUAUCUUUCUGUUGAACUUUGGUAUUUCUUAAUUGAUUGGUUCUUUCAAUUUAAUAAUAUUUAUCAAUCAAAAUUCUUUAGUUUAUUAAGAGAAUUAUUUACACAACAACAUUUACCAUCGAUUAAACAUUUUUGUACAUUCCAUUUAACAAGAUUCAUUUCUUUCUAUAUGUCAAAUGAUGAUGAAGUAGAGAGUAGAGGUGUAGUUUUAUUAAUUUUAAAUUACAUUAGAAUCUCUGCAACUCAAUUCCCUCAAAAUCAUUUCUUGGUAACAUUUUUAAAAUCAAAUGAUCAAUGGAAUAAACUUCAACAACUUUUAAUCUCUGAUACAUUAAAACUUUAUACUCCAAAUGUAGUUGGUGAUAAUUCAAUGGAAUUAAUUUGCUUUGGUUCUGAAUUUGCAAAAUCAAUUGGAUUUGUUGAUGAGGAUGAAGUACAAGCAAAAGAAUCAAAAAAAUUAGUAUUAGUUGAUGAAUUUCAAACUGGUGGUAACUCUUCAGAAUUUGGAAACAAUUCACCUGUUAUUUCUGCUGAAGAGAUAGCCCAAAUUGAAAAGGAGUUACUUAAAGAAGAAGAAUCAAAUCAAAAGAAGAAAAAGAAAAAUAAUCAAAAGAAAAAGAAAUAA